ACUAGAAAACACCCGAAUUAGCUUGUGGCAACACUGCAAAUUGGAAAAAGAAAGAAAAAAGAAGAGUGACUAAUAUAUAAUUAAUUGUAAGCAAUUUGUUAGAAAGCAAACCAUUUAGAAUUUGGAGCACAUCUCCAUCCCAGUGGUUGGGGCUAAUUUAUACCAGAAGCAGCAAUGUCCUCGCUGUCCGCAUCGGCGGAGAAUGUGUCCACCCUUGGCAUCGGUGGUGGAGGAGGUGGCCAGGAUUCCAAUUCACAUCAUGAUGGAGGUUCCAGCAUGUGCCUCGAACUGGCUCUGGAGGGCGAACGUCUCUGCAAGGCAGGUGACUGUCGGGCAGGAGUGGCUUUUUUUCAGGCAGCCAUCCAAGCAGGAACCGAAGACCUUCGUACCCUCUCCGCCAUUUACUCGCAACUAGGCAACGCCUAUUUCUAUCUGGGCGACUAUGCGAAGGCAAUGCAGUAUCACAAACACGAUUUGACACUGGCCAAGUCCAUGAACGAUAAACUGGGCGAGGCCAAGUCGUCGGGUAAUCUCGGGAACACGCUCAAGGUUAUGGGACGCUUUGAUGAAGCUGCCAUUUGCUGUGAGCGCCAUCUGACCCUGGCUCGUCAGUUGGGCGAUCGUCUGUCCGAGGGCCGAGCUCUCUACAAUCUGGGCAAUGUCUACCACGCCAAGGGCAAGCACAUGGGUCAGCGUAAUCCCGGCAAGUCCAGCGAUGAGGUGAAAGAGGCCUUGGCCAAGGCUGUGGAGUAUUACCAGGAGAAUCUCAAGUUAAUGCGGGAUCUCGGUGAUCGCGGAGCCCAGGGCAGGGCUUGCGGGAAUCUCGGAAACACAUACUAUUUGCUUGGCGAUUUCCAGGCCGCCAUUGAGCACCAUCAGGAACGACUUCGCAUUGCCCGUGAGUUUGGAGAUCGAGCAGCGGAGCGGCGGGCCAACUCCAACCUGGGUAACUCUCAUAUCUUCCUCGGUCAGUUCGAAGACGCCGCCGAGCACUACAGACGCACCCUGGCUCUGGCAAUGGAGCUGGGUGAGCGUGAGGUGGAGGCCCAAUCCUGUUACAGUCUGGGCAACACCUACACGCUCCUCCACGAAUUCACCACAGCCAUCGAGUACCACAAUCGACAUUUGGCCAUAGCCCAGGAGCUGGGCGAUCGCAUUGGUGAGGCCAGAGCAUGCUGGUCCUUGGGCAAUGCCAACUCAGCCAUUGGCAAUCAUGACAAGGCUUUACAGUAUGCCGAAUCGCACUUACAGUUGGCCAAGGAGCUACAUGAUCCUGUCGGGGAAAGCACGGCCCGGGUUAACAUCUCGGAUUUGCGUAAGUUGCUUGGACUGCCCGAGGCAGAACAUACGACCACAGAGGAGGAGCGUUCUAGUAAUUCAGAUCAUUCGGCGGCCAGUGGUCAUCAUUCCGAUAACUCGGAGAACUCCCAGGGGCGAAUGGUUCGCGUUCGUCGUCAGAGCAUGGAACAGUUGGAUCUGAUCAAGAUCACUCCCGAUGGCAAACGUCUGCAAGACGACAAACGCAAGCCAACAGCCAAGGAAGAUGACUUCUUUGAGAUGCUCUCGCGUUCGCAGUCCAAACGCAUGGAUGACCAGCGUUGCUCUAUCAAAAUCAAUCCUGUUGGCGGAGCUACUGCAGCUUCAGCGGCAACAGGAGCCAUCCGGAAGCCCUUGGUGCAGCAGAAUUCUUUAUUUGUGGAUCCAACCAAUUUGCCCGGCCUGAAAUCACCCACAGCGGGCAAUCCCCCAUUGUCCAGGAGUGCCACAACCACCCAGCAGCCAGAUGAUGCUUUCCUCGAUAUGCUCAUGCGAUGCCAGGGUUCGCGUCUCGAGGAGCAGCGUUCCGAGUUGCCACGACCAAAUGUAACCAUGGAUGCCGAGGCACCACCUCCACCCCAGGGACCCGAAGCAGCCGGGGCUGCAGGGACAGCUGACAAUCGUGGUCAGUCCGGGAGUCGUGGGGCGACAGUGCCCGAUGAGGAUUUCUUUUCGCUUAUCAUGAAGGUUCAAAGCGGUCGCAUGGAGGAUCAACGUGCCUCCAUACCCUUUGGCGGUUUUCGUAAUGCUAAUAAUAAUAAUAACAACAAUAAUAAUAACAAUGGAGGUGCAUCCGGAGCAGGAGCAGCCAAAUAGAUACGUCCAUCAACCAACCGCUCCCUUUCACUAUCCCCUCCCAUACACACACACACACACAUUUUCAUGCAUCCCAUUUAUAUUUCUAUUCAAGGUCCAUAUUUGGACUAAGCUAAGCUCUAACCCCAUUUACAAUCCAAUCUAUAUUAUUGAAUAGGACUUUUUUAUAGCCUUUCUAAGUGAGUGAGUAACCAAUCAAGCAGUAACCAAAAAACAAAAGAAAAAUAAAAAGAUUAGGGAUUAAUGCUCUUCCAAUCACACACCCGUUCCAAUGGAUAUUUAAAUCUAGCUUAAGCCGAUAUUACAAAUAGUCCACAAACUUUGCUCAUUAUAUACAAGAAUAAGAAUGAAAUUAUUUACCAACACGA